AUGGAAAAAGAACCACAUGACUUGGUGCUCAAUGUUUGCCAUGAGCUCAUGGAGAAAUUCUUGAAAAGAUCAAUCCAAAGACCAAUAAAUCUGAUCAGGACAAACUGGGCCAGUGAGCCCUAUGUAUAUGGAUCAUAUAGCUACCAGAGCACACAUGGGAAACACAGUGAUGUUGACAUAUUAGCAGCUCCUCUUCCAAAUGAAAAGGUGCCUCGGUUGAUGUUUGCUGGGGAAGCCACAAGCAAGCAUUACUUCUCCACAGUACAUGGAGCAAUGAUGUCAGGUUGGAGGGAGGCAGACAGGCUUGCUCAGCUAUACACUUCACAUGACUAGACUCUACAUUAGCACCAGCUAUAUGUUAAUAUGUUACCCAUGACUAGACUCUAUAUGAGCACUAGCUUUAUGUUAUGUUGACUAGACUCUAUAUACUAGAUUAGUAAGCACCAGCUAUAAGUUACACAUGACUAGACCCUGCUCAAGCGAAGAAAUUCACUACAUGUGAGUCAUAACUAGACUCUACACCCGGACUCUACAUAAGUGAAUAAAUACUCUUCAUGUGAGUCAUGACUAGGCCUUAAAUAGACAAAGGAUUACUAGGGAAAUACAAAUAAGGGCUUUGGAGCUGGAUUAACUAAAAAUUGGUUAUAACUUAUUGGGUUAAAGAAUCAAGCAACUUCAAUUCACAUAUAACUCAAAUAAAU